GAUAUGUUUUCUUCUUUUUGCCAUUCUCUACAUUGCUUCCUACUUCAUCAUCACAAGAUACAAGAGAAAAUCAGAUGAACAAGAAGACGAAGAUGCCAUAGUCAACAGGAUUUCGUUUGUGGAAUCUUGCUUCUCUCUUUUCCAACCUUUGUUUAUUUGUGUUGAUGCCCUUUGCCUUUUUCUUUCUGGAAUCAGAAGGUUUUGCUGGCUUAAAAAAAGGAAUCCGAGCCCGCGUUUUGGAAACGGUGGUCAUGCUGCUGCUUCUUGCGUCACUGAUUCUUGGGAUAGUGUGGGUGGCUUCAGCGCUGAUCGACAAAGAUGCUGCAAGCAUGGAGUCUUUGUAUGACCUCUGGGAGUUCUACCUACCCUAUUUAUAUUCCUGUAUAUCAUUGAUGGGAUGUUUAUUACUUCUCUUGUGUACGCCAGUUGGCCUUUCCCGGAUGUUCACGGUGAUGGGUCAGUUGCUGGUGAAGCCAACAAUUCUGGAAGACUUGGAUGAGCACAUUUAUAUUAUCAGCCUAGAAGAAGAAGCACUCCAGAGACGACUAAAUGGUACGUGACUAUGACAUACUUAGACUAGGAUAAAAAGGUACUUCAACAAAGACAGAUAAUUGAAGGAAAAAAAGUGUAAACUUUUCAGAGGCUUAAGAGUAACAAGGGGACUUCUGACAGGUCUGUGAAGAGCCUUGUGGAGGGGGAAAUUUCAAGUGUGGUCUAUUUGAUACAUUGUAAGAACCUUUGUAAAUGCUACAAUGUACCCACACUCAGCACAACAAUUAAAAACUUUAAAAAUAUCCAAUUUAAAUGUGUGUAGAUUUUAUGAUAAUCGAGUUCUGAUGUGUCUAGCUGUGACUAGCCCAGCCAACUGCCUCUGAGACAGUGGCCACUGGGGGCCAGCAGACCUCCACCACCAGCCUCUCAGGUGGCUUGCAGGCACAGAGGUGCUGCAGCAUGCCUCAGUAGUGACUGCCACCCUCUCCUUCAUUCCCUCCUGCUGAGAUCUUUAAGAUAGGAUAGCUAGCAUGCUCUUGAAAGGGAAGGUCCAAAUGUGACUCUCAAGUUUUACUUAGGGACUCUGCUGUUGGGGGAGGCCUGUUAGCUACCAGCUGCUAAAAAGUAAGCAGGUCAAACAUUCUAAAGUUUAAUUUUAAAUUACUGUUCAUUUUUGCCUCCAGUGAAGAACAACGAAGAAAAGAGUUAUGACAUGGUUUA